AAGCCUUCAGUCCCAGCAGCUCCGGUUCCAGCGCGUAGGACAAAGCCCGUAACCGCUCAUACUUGUGAACCUAUCUUUGUUCUCUGGUUGUGAGAGGAAAAGUUAAGAGAAAGGACUCAGUCGAGCAGCUCGGCGAACUUUAACUGGAGAUCCGUGGCUUGGGAUUAUGGGGCGCAUGCGCUGCAGCUUCUCGGCUCUAACAUCUGUUCUCUUCUUGCUGUUAUUUCAGGCCAGUGCUUUCACUCACAUUACAAGUAACUUUUGUAAGUGGUGUGACCAGUCCAGUCCUUUGUGUGAGGACAACGUCUGCAUGAGCAACUGCAACUUCAGUUCUUUCUGCACCCUGGCUGAAGAGGUCUGUGUGGCUAUAUGGAAGAAGGAAAAUGAGAGUGUGAGUGUACGGACCCUAUGCCACAAUCCUCAGCACACUCUGGAGAACAUGGUGCUGUCCAAUGACAGCUCCACCGAGUGCCUGAUGACCCCACUGCCCUCUGAGAACGGCAUGCUGUUCCUCUGCAGCUGCAUCAGAGAACAUGACUGCAAUGACAGGCUUAUCUUUGACAAGGGACCACAUGGUUUCUCCAGGCUAAAGAGCAAAGAUGUGAUUCCAGUAGUGGUGAUCAGCCUGGUUCCUCCACUCCUGGUCGCUGUUAUUGCUACAAUGGCCUUCUAUCUGUACCGCACACGGCGGCCCAACAAACAGCCCAAAGACUGGGCUCCUAAACGCACUCAUUACCAAUCGCUGGACCCGCCAGAAGGCUGUGUGGGCGAAGCCAACAGCAGUGACUUCCAUGGAAAGCUUCUGUCCCUCAGCGUGGACGCAAAUUCAGACAUGUCGUCAAGCUGUGCCAAUAGUCUGAACCACAACACCGAGCACCUACCCAUCCAGCUGGAGGCAUUGGUGGGUAAAGGGCGUUUUGCUGAGGUCUGGCGGGCACGACUCAACCACAGCGAAUGUGGCCAGUAUGAGACUGUGGCAGUGAAAAUCUUCCCAGCUGUGGAGUACACCUCCUGGCGCAACGAGAGAGUCAUCUUCUCAGAUGCCAACCUGAAGCAUGAGAAUGUUGUGCAGUUCCUAACAGCAGAAGAGCGCGGCGGAACACCUGGUGCCCCCCAGAGGCACUACUGGCUUAUCAUGGCCUAUCACGCCUUAGGGAACCUGCAGGAUUUUUUGGUCAGCCAUGUCCUCAGCUGGACGGAGCUGUGCGCAAUGGCAGGCUCUGUGGCUCGCGGCCUAGCACACCUACACAGCGACACCACACCCUGUGGCACGCCCAAGGUGCCAAUCGCUCACCGGGACCUAAAGAGCAGCAACAUUGUGGUGAAAAGCCGCAGUGAGUGUGCUCUGUGCGACUUCGGUCUGGCACUGCGGCUGGACCUCGCACUCACUGUGGACGACUUCGCCAACAGUGGGCAGGUGGGCACAGCCCGAUACAUGGCCCCUGAGGUUCUGGAGUCUCGAGUGAAUUUGGAGGACUUAGAGUCCUUCAAACAGAUGGAUGUCUAUUCCAUGGCUCUGGUGCUGUGGGAAAUGGCCUCUCGCUGUGAAGUCAUAGGAGAGGUGAAGAGCUAUGAGCCUCCAUUCGGUUCAAAAGUGUGUGAGCAGCCAUGUGUGGACAGCAUGAGGGAUCUGGUGCUGAGGGACAGAGGACGACCCGAUAUCCCACUCAGCUGGACAAUACAUCCGGGAAUGCAGCUGCUGUGUGCUACUAUAACAGAAUGCUGGGAUCAUGACCCAGAAGCCCGUCUGACUGCACACUGUGUGCUGGAGCGCUUCAACAUGCUGGCCCAGGAGGAGCUGGAGAGUGCCACCAUUUCUGUCCCUGUCCCAGCCUCCGCAGAGCAGCAGGACUCCUCUCUCCCCUCUCCCUGCACCUCUCCAACUCCCUCGCUCUAUCCACAAAACCCCACCCCAGCUGAUGCUCACGCCACUGCCUCCUUCAGGCAACUGAGUGAAGUGUGACCGCUCCCAAAGCCCUGCAAAACAGACUUGUUUUUGUAAUAUAUAUUGGUUCAAUAUGUGGAGCUGGUCUCCACUGGUUUCUUUUUUUAUCUAAAUAUCAGUUUUCAGUUUUGGUACCAAAGGAAUUAAUGAACAUAAUGUGCCACUGAAGAAGGACUGGAGAUGAAUAACAAGAUAAUGUAGGCCCUGGCUACUGCGUUCCUCAUAUUUCUUCUUGCUCAUUAGAUACAUUGUUCCUGCAGAAUGGUUCAUUUUCACGACAGUCUGCCACCAUAUGCACCAGUUUGGGUGCCCCUGGUCAAAAGACGUGUUUUGUUGAUUUGAAAAUAAAUUAAUCCUCUACAGAGAACACACGUACGCACUUUUUACAUGAUGUACAAUGCUUAUUUGCUCCAUUUAACAUAUUGGGAAAAAAUGUGGCCUGUGUAAAAGUUAUGACGCACUUUAUAUUUUUAGUUCAUGUUUAGUUCGUCACACUUAGUUUUUACAAUAUUUUAAGCUAAAAAAAAAAAUAGAAAUUGUGCACUAAGACCGAGUCGACUGUGGAAGAUGUGUUAAAUUAUUUUCACUUAGAAAAUCGACAAAACGUAAUUUGACCGAGGGUGCUCAAACUUUUUCAUGGGACUGCAUGUGAAGCAACUUUCUGUGGUAACACUUUAAAGAUUCAGCUUCAGUCUCAGACCACAGCAGCUAUUUACAAUACUGUUUUUGCUGACCUUAAAAACUAGUAAGCAACUUUGAUUCCUGAGAAAUGGAAAGUUAGCGUAGCAGCAACAAAGAGUCUAAAAGGUCCUCACUAUGCUAGCGUGGUAUGUCCCAGUUCUGCUGGCAAAAAAUGUUUUCCAAAAACUGUUUACCACACAUAAUUUUCUCAUUUGAGAUUUUCCAUUGCCCUCUGAGUCGCUUGCUUUUAACAACAAUGUGGUCGUCCCUUGCAGCUUGGUUUUGGGAGGGUUUCAAUUUGAUUAACCACAGGCCCCGAACUGAGUGCACACGUCAAAGGCCCAACACGCAAGCAGGCGGGAAACACUGCUUUUUUCAGAUGAAAGAAAACCAGAGAGCAUUUUAUUGUUCCUCUAAAUUGAUCGCCGCACAUAGGCCUUCCUUUAUGGAAACAAUUCAUAGGCGUUUUGAGGUUCCUUUUGGUUAGAGUCAUAGAUGAAUUGCACAUUUACUUUUAAUUACUGGCUCUCCUGCUUCAAUUAUUGCCAACCUUAUUGUGUAAACCAGUUAAAGGGGUCACAUGCUCGUAAGCUAGGAGGCUGUGGGAAGAACUUGAUCACUUCUUUGAUCUGUUCACUUACCUAAUGAAGAAAUACACUUGACAGAAGGCAAAGUUCUUUUAGUUUAUCAGCCAGUCUAACUUAAUUCCUGCUUAUUAGCUAUAUUCAAUCAAGCUAUUAAGCCAUUUAUUAGAAUAGUAACGCAAGUUAAGGUCUCAGACAGGACAUUAAUACCUUGUGUCAAAAUAACUGGAAUCAAGUUAAAUCAGAACUACUCUGGGUCUAACAUUAAAAAGUCAUAACCUGAAGAUUUUUGAUUAAGAUAGAACAGUGAAAAGUGCUUUAAAUAUUAAUGAGGUGGGUAAUCUAACAAAAAUCUAUCAUGAAAUCUCAAGAUAUUUUCUCAAUAUACAAUAUGAAUCAAAACAUUGUUUUUCUGAGGUUUGACAAGAAGGAACAGACAAAAAGCACCAGUAGUGCCACAUUUAAAAAUACGAUCCUGAAAUAUGAAUACAAGGAUUUUAAUUCAACAUAUCGCAAAUUGUACUAGAUUCAUUUAAACAGGACUAAUUAUGCGGUCUUUAUACUGAAACACCUGUUUUCCAUGUUCUAUAAAACUGCACUAUGUAAGAUUCGGGAGAAAAGAAAAACUUGCUAAAUUGUUGUCUGUGCACUGCUGUGAGUCGCCUUGUAAAGCCUGAAAAAUUUUUAAGUCAGAAGCGUAAAGAGUUUUCCAGGUCACAUCACGUCUUUACAUAUUAGGAUCACAUGGUCCGGCAUGAUGUUUAGGUUACACUUGCAUCCUUCAGUAGGUUUUGACGGAGAUCUCUAAACACUCAACAUGUUAGCAAUCACCAAACUCAUCUGCUCGGGGAAGGGAACCAAGGUACGACUAAUGUUACAAAAUGUUCUUCCACACAUUAUGUGCAAUCACACAUUUCCACCAGAAAGAUCUCCAAAACCCCCAAAAUGUAGUGUAGCUUAAGGAUAUCCACAAUAUGCUCAGAAAGGGAUAUUGUGAAAUUUCUCACAAUAAUGAUAAAUAUCGUCAUGUUUCCCACCCCUAAAACAGUAAACACGGUUUUAAAAAGUAGCCUAAGGAGGGGGCAUCUGUGGCCUUAAGUUCUGUUGAAGCUCUUGCACUGAGUACAGAGGCAACAAGAAAAUUUGUUUUUGUAAUAUUUUGUGAAAGCAACCAAAAAAGAAGCUGUUUAUGCUUUACAGAUGAAGGGACAGACCUAUUGAGCCAUUUUGUCCUUCAGUUACUGUGAACCGGUGUCACAAAUGUACAGGUCAUACACUCAUAAAAGUGUUUAUGUA